AUGUUGGGCUUUAUGAGGGAGACGUUGCUUUCCAGAAAGUUCAAGCUUCCCCAACAACAAAAUGGUCAGGUCUACCUGACAUCUCACCGAAUUUGCUACGUCGAUAAGGACGAGCCGCGAAAGCACUCGGUCGCCCUCGACCUCAAAGACAUCGAUCGAUAUGAGUUCUAUGCCGGGUUUCUGAAGUCGUCCGCGAAGAUCACCCUAAUACCCAAGCCACUGAAGCGCUCGUCACUACAAACCAGAGCGUCUGCGAUAUCUACUCCUGGUAGACCUGGUGCUGGAUCUCCCGCUCGAUCGGACAGUCCCUAUCGACCACCCCCCGAACCAGCGAGUGCUGCGACCUGGGUCUGCACCAUUUGCAGCUUUUCGAAUCCAGUCCCGUCCAACUUCGACCCAACAACGGCCAACAUUCAUACCCCGUUACCGCCAUGCCUUGCUUGCGGAAUCAAGCCAACGUUGGCGCACGUGCUGAAGGCCUCCAUCUCCAACGCGACGAGUCGCACCCCAGCCGCCCCUUCGAGCCCCACAGUCAGCUCUCUGGCGAUGCGACCGCGGUCUACGUUUAACAGACCGGACGACACAGGGUCCCUACCUCCAUGGCCCGCCGCUUCGAACAUCAACGGCAGUCCGCAUAACCCAGCCGAUCCGAGCGCGACCUUCCAGUGCCCACGAUGCACGUUCCUGAACCACCCCUCCUUGCUAUCGUGCGAGAUGUGUGGGGCGCCACUGAUAUCGCAAGACCUCUCCCAGAAGAGGCCGCAAGAGCAGACGCAACGAACAGAGUCACCAGGGCCAGUCCUGAGCUCGCCUGCGCCGGGCCAGGACACUGCCGAAAACAUCAAGAUCUCCUUCCGCGGCGGGGGAGAAAAGAUAUUCUACGAGCGGCUGAAAGGGGCGUUGACGCAGAGGAAGUGGCUGUUGCAAGGGGCGCCGCCUGUUCCCAAGAGCAACCGGACGAUUGACGAUAAUGGCGCCAUAGUGCGGACACCCUCCGCCGCUUCCGAGCGCCCCAAGGGUGUUGGUAUCGCCGGGCUGGAACAGCGCGGGCUUGACAUGCGCAAGAACAACGAGGUGAUGAUUGGCAGUGCUUUCGAGGACCUCGAUGCCCUCAUGGCGUCGGCGAAGGAGAUUGUGGCCCUCGCCGAGCGGUUCGCGAGACAGAACGGUGGAAGCGGUGCCGAGGCCAACGCCCUCCUGGCCGAGUCGGCAAGCCAGCUCGGACUUGUGACCACAAAGGAUAUCGUGGGCGGCAGCAGCUCCGAGACGCUGUACCUAUCCGAACUGUCGAGGAAUCUGGCAGAGUUCCUCACCGACGAUGCUCGUGGCGUCUUGAAGAAGGCCGGGGGGAUCAUCAACCUGGUUGACCUGUGGGCCAUGUUCAACCGCGCGCGGGGCGGUGUCGAGCUCGUCAGUCCCAUGGACUUUGAAAAGGCCGCGCAGAUGUGGGAGUCGCUCAAACUGCCCGUUCGGCUGCGCAAAUUCAAGAGCGGCGUUCUGGUCGUCCAGAGCAGCGAGCGCACAGACGAGACCACGAUCAAGGCCUUGGUGUCCUGGUUGGACGACCUGCACGAGUUCCCGCCGGAGAAAGAGCUGGCGUGGGACUGGCGGCAGUUUGGCCGCGGCGUCACGGCGCGGGAUGCCGCCGAGCGGUUCGGCUGGAGCAUCGGCGUGGCCGAGGAGGAGCUGGAGAUGGCCGAGGAGAAAGGGGUGCUCUGUCGCGAGGACGGCAUUGAGGGCCUCCGGUUCUGGAAGAACUAUAUCGACACGGGGGAGGCGAAGCACCGCAGGCGCAGGAAGCAUCGCGAGGAGGACGAGGUGGUCAGGGCCCUGCGGGAGAGCGGGCUGAUGUGA